AUGGAGGAUGUCGACAAUCAUGAGUCAAUCCCCGAAACAGAGGCACUUCCCGCAACAGUAAAGUCUGUUUCGACCUUCGAGCUCGUCAUCAUAUCUUACGGCCAUGCCAAGGGCCCACUUACCCUCGCAGGCCUGGGUUCAGUCGAGAGGCUCACCUUUUCCGUCAGGGACAUCAGGAACCCACCCGCCAGGCUGCGCAGGACGCACACAGGUCUCUCCUCUCAUCUGCGCAAGGAGGUCAUGGCCAACCAGGCCGCCGCUGCAAGAUUGGGGCUCAUUCUCGAGACUGUGCAGGCGAAGAUGGGUGAGAUGCAACGGGCCCGCGAAGGCUUGGACACCAGCGCGGAAUCGCCUUCAUUGUCUGCGGCACCGUCAACCACCCUCGUUGUCGGCAUCAUGUGUGAACGGGGGAAGCAUCGCAGUGUUACCUUUGCGGAGGAACUUUCUCGGGCCAUCCAACCAGAUGGCUGCUGGGCCGUCUCGGUUCGGCAUCGUGAGUUGGAUUCAUUGCCACAUCGCACGGACUUAGCUGUCCCAGAGGAGAACAGCUUGAUGACAACAGGAGACGGAAGAGCCGGGCCCGAGACCAGGAAACAACGGGAUCUGGAAAGGAAGAAAGGUAGGUCGUCAGCCAGGGGAUUCUUGCACGAAGAUGCCCCCGGUGCCGAGGAGGAUGUUUGA